CCAAGUUGCCACUUUCCCACAGUCUACGAAUGCAGCACCUCUAUCCCAACAUCGCCGGAGCUCACAGGUGUCACUACCCGGCGGAGACAUGAGAACGGGGCGGCAUGGCGGACAGAGACAAGAGGAAAGCCACCCCGCCGUCCAGCCGCAACAUUCACGUCAACUCCCCGGUCAGCUUCAGGUUGACCCAUGACAUCAGCUUGGAUGAGUUUGAAGAUGACGACCUGUCAGAGAUUACAGAGAUCACAGAUGAGCGCGGGAUGAGCCUCAACUGCAAUGGCCCAGAUAUAAAGGGCCGUGUGAGGCGAGGAACCAAUAGCAUGCCGGGGAGGGCGGAACUGGGAGCAGUCGGCCAGCUUCAGGCAGAGAUGCUGCAUUUGGACCUUAUCGACGGUGCUGACGGUUACCGCGGCGACAAAGAUUCCUCCAAGGCGCCUGCCAUCGCACCCCCGCCAGUAACCAAGGACCCUCCAGCACCUGUCACCAUGGAUACUUACCGGCCCAAGAGACCGACGACCCUUAACCUCUUCCCAAUCGUGCCACGCACACAGGACACAUUAAACAACAACUCCUUCGGGAAGAAGUACAGUUGGCAGGAGAAGGUUUCAGGCUCGUCCUCUCCCCUUAAAGCAGGCGACCUCACCCCUCCACGUGAGCACAGCUGUCUGAGCGACGAGGACAAGGUGCACGGUGGGGGAGCGCAGACCAAAGACCGCGGGACCUCUACCGACGCCCCCUGCAGACACAGCCACACCUCGGGACACUCGCACGGCUCAUCUACAGGGACCGCGACGCGUUCCAAGCUUCAGGAGAAGCCGCCAGCGCCGCCGCCACCGCAGAACUAUACGCCGGCUCCCCUGUACCCGACGGGGAAGGCGGACGCUAGUGGGCACCACCGGGAGAGGAUUCGAUACCACACAGAUGUUCAUCUAGAGCCCACAGAGGAGAUCUAUCUGACUCCUGUGCAGCGUUCCGCUGACCCCUUGGAGCCUGCCAACACGCAGGACCGGCCUUUCCUCUCGCAGCAGACUGAGCAGGGCCGCAUGUCCAUCAGCUCCGACACAGAAGGUCCUCCUCCUUAUCAGCCCCUCCCAGACCGGACCAACCCUUCGAUCUUUGAGGAGGAUGAGGUCUAUGUCCCCCCACCUUCAUACGCUUCCUGUGUAGAGUCCCUCAUCACUCCACCCAGCAUGGCCGUUUCCGCUCGCUCCUCCCUCGCACUGGACCUCAGCCGGAAGGGUUCGGGGACGGGGGCCGGCCUCAUGUUGAGAGCCGGGUCGUCAGUAGAGUAUGUUGAUGCAACUGAUGAAAGCUACUGUGGGGAGGACGAGGAUGUGGACAGGAUAAUAAUGGAUGGAAGGAUGAGAAAGGGGGGAAGAAAGGGAGAUGGUGCCAGCAGCAGCAGCAGCAGAGCUGCCCCACUACGGACUUCUAUGAGCUCAGAAGCCAGUGGCCUUUCGUAUGACUCAGUCAAGUACACCCUAGUGGUGGAUGAGCACGCUCAGCUGGAGCUCGUCAGUCUCCGGCAGUGUUACCAAGGAUACAGCGACGACAGCGACUCCGCAACCGUCUACGACAACUGCGUCUCCUCCCCCUAUGAGUCGGCCAUCGGAGAGGAGUAUGAGGAGGACGAUGAGGAGGAGCACGACGGUCGGAUAGGAGGGGUGCGGAGAGAGGGCACGGCUUGCCUCUCUGAGGACUCCACCCCAGAAGCUGACCUGCACUUCUCCAAGAAGUUCCUCAACGUCUUCAUGAAUGGCCGCUCUCGCUCCUCCAGUGCAGAAUCCUUUGGCUUAUAUUCCUGCAUAAUAAACGGAGAAGAGAAGGACCAGAGCCACAGAGCAGUCUACAGGUUCGUGCCCAGACAUGAUGACGAGUUGGAGAUGGAGGUGGAUGACCCGUUGCUGGUGGAGGUCCAGGCAGAGGAUUACUGGUAUGAGGGCUACAACAUGCGAACUGGCGCCCGUGGGAUAUUCCCCGCGUACUACGCCAUAGAGGUGACCAAGGACACAGAGAGUUACAAAGUGAAGAGCGGUGAAUGGAUGGACAGAUACCGGCUGAAGUUUCUGGGCUCAGUUCAGGUGCCCUACCACAAAGGAAACGAUGUCCUGUGUGCAGCUAUGCAGAAGAUUGCCACCAACAGAAGGAUGACAGUGAAGUACAACCCGCCUUCCUCCUGCAUCCUGGAGAUCAGUGUGAAAGGCAUCAAGCUCGAAGUUCAAGAGGAGUACUACGCCUGUGACAGGAGUAACGAGUGCAGUCACUUCUUCCAGUUAAAGAACGUCUCUUUCUGUGGUUACCAUCCCAAAAACAGCAAGUAUUUUGGCUUUAUCACAAAGCACCCAGCAGAUCAGAGAUUUGCCUGUCACGUGUUUGUGUCGGAAAACUCUACCAAACCAUUGGCAGAGUCAGUAGGGAAAGCCUUCCAAUUGUACUAUAAGGAGUUUGUGGAGUUCUCGUGCCCUACAGAGGACAUCUACCUGGAAUAGCCCUGCCCUUAACCACAACCUUGUACAGUACACUGUAUCAUAACAUAAUGUUGCAUGAGUGACAGACUUUACCUACAUUUUAAAAAGGAAAAACUAACACUUCUGAAAAAGAAGCAAGUUGAUGGAACAGGUGUUGAAACUUAAAAUGAACGCUUUGUGCAGAAGGAAGGGAUGGAAAAGACUCAAAGGGAGAAUAAGAGCAAAGGAAAAUAUGCAAAAUGGCAUCGGUGGUGGUGACCGCAGGCUGCCAAUGGAAAGCACAAACAAUGUAUGUAGCCUUGGCAGCGCUAGUUAGCCUGUAGCAUCAUCUCAGCAGGUGGAACACUGAAAGCCCAGGACACGUAUUGUACUGCACUACAUUGUACUUGCACAUGAAUGGAGAGAAUGAACAUGAAAUCUGAAUUUAUCCUUUGAGCACACCUGAUAUAAGGUGAUAUUAAUAUUAUCCCUUGGCAAAAAUAAGUCCAUCCACAAAUGCUAAUAAAACAAGCAGUAGGGGAUGCACAAGACAGUGCGGUAUUGUUUCAGUGAGGAGGUAUACCGAUUAUGGAAACUGGUAAAACUGAUUAAACUGAAAGAAACCAAUCCGUUGGCAACCUGUUCGUAAAGAAUACCGAGCCUUUCCUUUUGCGGGUGCAUCACAGGUCCCAACAGGCAGGUUUCAGUGGUUAGGAUACUAGGGGUCAUGAACACUGUAAACGGCAUAAACCUCGUAACUGGGAUACUGCUACACAAAUAAUGAAUCACACAGACUAGAUUCUACAUUCUGAACAGCAGGCCGUGGGCUUGAAUGAAACGUCACAUUUUCCGUGCUGUCACUCAUUAAAAUAGGAAACAAUGUGAGGUUGUACAAGUGUGGAGUUUUGCUUUCAACUCUUUUAGCGGCUUCUGUUGGUUCUGUAGUGCUAAACUAAACAGCCUCCAACGUAAACCCAGUAAAGCCUUAGUCCUAGUCUAAUGCACACUGCGCUUCUUUUUUGUGUGUUCAAACUAGGUGUUGUGUCAUCCAUGAAAGUUUAGACAGGUUUAGGCAGCCGUUUAGGCAGCCGUUUAGGCAGCCGUUUAGGCAGGUUGGCGGUCGAGAGUUUCGUUUGAUAAAAAUAUUUUCCCAGGAUCUUCUUCUUCAUACAUUGUCAACUGUAGCAGUGAUGAGAUAAUAGCGCUGAUCUUUGGUACAUUACGUAACAAGCUAACAGGGAAGAAAAUACAGAACUCUGUGUUCUUCAGAUCUUUACUAGUAGUGCCUAUUUAAUAUCAGAUCAUUGUGACCUUCCUCUCUUAACAUCAUCACAACAUUUUAAAUGAAGGAGCAGCUGAUGAGUGCGUGUUGAGGUUGAGGGUUUGAAUGCAAGUUGAGACGUAAGAAAGUCUUGCAGUAAGUUGCUCUGCAUUCUGCUGUGUUAAUAGUGCUGUACUGUACCUGUGCUGUUCAAGCCAUGUCGUAUUUGCAUCUCCGUUUGCACCAAACAAGCACGGUGAAAUUGUUCUAGUACUAUACAGUAUGUAGUACAUGUAUAUUUAGAACAAUCUGGGUUAUACUCGAUUCUGACUGGUCACUCACCAAUAUUCAGCGGUGUUUAUGUCUCGAUAGUCGGCCGCUGCUCCUGGUAGCCAGCAGCACCCAACAUAUAUACACAGAACACACCUCAGAACAUCCCAGCAACUGACAGGCUAAUUUUACACUAAUAAAACCGCUUUCAAUCAUUAUUUUGUGUCACAUUAUUGAAUCAUUUAAUUGUAGGCCAUGAUCUAAGCGGGAUAACACACAUAUAUAUAUAAAAUGUAGAGUACAAUGUACAAUAAAAAUGUACAAAGGCUAAAUAGUACAUCAUGUUUCAUUCUCUUAAUGAAACUAUACAUGCAGCAUGAACAGGAAACUGUUCAUUAGCUGGAGAAGAAGCUCUCAGUUACUAAGCUAGUCCUGCUAAUGAUAUAGUUGCACAUCUCUAGACCACCAACUUACACAAUGGGAAACCAUGCUGUUACAGUUUCUCUGUUUCUCAUGUGCUCAGGCUAAAUAAAAUGACUGUAGUUCUCUGUUAUGUGAAACAUAUCCUUUUUGUGACAUUUUAAUUUGUCCUUUAUUCAUAAAGACUAAUUGAAAAUAAGUGUUUGUUGCAGAUGUUGACUUUAGACCUGAUUCCUGUACUCCAAAUGUCUGAGAGAACAGCUUGACCUUCUCUAAUCGUUGUUUUAGCACCCGACAAUGGAAUCAGCAUUGUUAGUGAACAUGAUGUGACCACAUGCGUUUCACCAAAUCCACCGAAUGGUUUGGAUUGGAACUGGAGCACAGAAUCCAAGGAUUCCUUUUUGUCAUAGGAUCCUUGGUCCAGCACGGGUACAGUACAGUUGUUCUGCAGUGAAAAUCCAAGAGUUCUUCCUGUGUCAUUUAUCGAGAACACUGAUUUCUAACAGAUUAUUUUAUAUGACCUUUAUUUAACAGACGAUAAACAGCCUGUUAAAAAACGACUGAUUAAUGAAGGACAAGGACAUUUUCUAUUCAGCCAUCACACUAAUUACUACAGUUCAUCCCUUCCGGAAAAAAAAAAUACAUACAUAUAUAUAUAUAUAUAUAUAUAUAUAUAUAUAUAUAUAUAUAUAGAACAGCAAAGUAUUGAACAAAGCAAACAAGUUGUCUGCUGUUGUUGAAAGACAUUGUGUUCACAUUGAGCGAUCAACGCUCACUUUUAUAUGAAUUCCCUUCUCAAGAGCUGGACAAGUUGACAGGAGAAAUUGUACUGUAGUUGGGGGCUAUACUAAAGUGUGUACAGACAUGCCAUAUAUAAAGAAAUAAUUUAAUAUCUGUCAUUAUAAAUAUUGCAUUGUAUGAUUCAACAUGGAGUAUGUGGAAUUUAUUUUGAUUUUUUUUAAGCUGUGAUUUAUUCUUGAUUUAAAUAUUUUACUGCAGA